GCCAUUAAGCAUGUUACGCGGCGAUUAGAAGGGGGAUCGCUAAUCCCUGGCCAAGGAUAUGCGCGUAAUCCUUUCGGGCAGCCUCUGUAUGUUUCACAUAAAUAGAUCUGUUUCUAAUAAACCAAGCACAGUCAGUCGAAUAACUCAAUCAGUGACACAUUAUAACAAUAUUACCAUGGAUACGACACCGGUCUUCCAGUCCAGCUUCUCCAUUCGAUCACUACUAUCUGUGGAUGAUAAGGUGGAUGCCCCGAUUCCGAACCACUCCGAAAAUAGUUCUGAAGACGAGGCCAAGACGAUGGGUUCAAAUUCUAAUUCCAGUUCGAAGAGCAAUGCCAAGCCGGCUUUCACAUACAGUGCCCUCAUAGUGAUGGCCAUUUGGAGCAGUUCCGAUAAACGAUUGACCUUAAGUGGCAUUUGCAAGUGGAUUGCGGAUAAUUUUCCAUAUUAUCGGAGCAGGAAGAGCGUCUGGCAGAAUUCGAUAAGGCACAAUUUGAGUCUCAAUCCCUUCUUUGUCCGGGUGCCGCGAGCCUUGGAUGACCCCGGACGUGGUCACUACUGGGCCCUCGAUCCCUACGCCGAAGAUCUGUCCAUUGGCGAGACUACUGGCAGACUGCGCCGCAGUAACUGGCCACAGAAUGCGCAGAUGGCCAGGGCCAAGGUCACAGGUCAUCCCUACCAACGAAUGCCGCAGUACAGUCACAUUCAGGCCCAUCCCCACGCCCAACAUAUCAAGUCUCAAGGCGCCUACUUUCCCAUACUUGACCAUCACCAGGCCGCAAUGCUGCAGCACUACCAUGCCAUGAUGCACAGACAUCAGAUGAUGCAAAAUCCACAUCAGCAGCAUCCUCAAAUGCAUCAGCCGCAAAAGCAUCUCUAUCCACAUAUCCAGGAACAACAUUCGCAACUGCGGCAUCACCAUUACCACUUCCACCAAGAGUAACUUCAAUCGAUUUCAGCUUGGUCCUGCCUCGAAAUCCCCUCGAUAUAGACCAGCUCUGAAAAAUCCCCCAGGGCGUAGAACGCGGCAAAUGUUGUUUAUAUUAGGUGGGUCAAUAUAACUAACAUUUAUUCACAGCUUUAAAUUUAAAAUAUA